UACCCGCACUAGCCAAGGGAGAGUACUUGGGAUCUUACUCUGAAGGUCAUAUCCAGGGAGCCUGACGCACCGGGUGGCGCCCUUAAGAAACAGAGUGGGAGGGUAGUUCUGCUCUUCUGCCCACGUUUCUCAGAGAUCAGCCCCCAAGCUCGGAUCAGAAACUGCCGGUGACCGCCAGAACCAGUCUCGAGGCGGCGCACUCUCCGCCCGUCUGGUGGCGCUGUGGGCUGGCGAGUAGUCGAGCAGCCGAGCUCCGGAUCCACGACGCCGGCACCUCCGCUGCCGCCGCAGCUCCAGCUCGGGCUGCACGUGUUGCCGCUGCGAACCCCGGGCCCUGGUCGCCCGCAAUGGCGGCGGCUGGGGCGCAAGUGCGUGUGUUCCUGGAGGUGCGGAGACAGCUGCAGAGCGCGCUGCUGAUCCUGGGAGAUCCAAAAGAAGGACUUCUGCCCAUGGAUGUUUCUGUGAUGCCAUCCUGGCUCCAGAUGAAAACCCCCGGAGGCUGCACAGAGCUCCAGCUUCCAGCAGAGGUCAGGCUUGUGCCGUCCUCCUGCCGCGGGCUGCAGCUUGUGCCUGGGGAUGGGCUGCACCUGCGGCUGCAAGUGCAGGCAGAGCCCUGUACAGAACUGAUUUCAGUGUUUAAUCAAAGCUCACAAGCCCACGAAUGUUGCACAUUUUAUUGCCAGUCCUGUGGUGAAGUCAUAAUAAGGGACAGGAAGCUCCUGAGGGUUCUCCCUCUGCCAGGGGAAAACUGGGGCACCCUGGUUGAAGAGUGGUGUUGUCAUCCUGACCCCUUUGCUAAUAAGCCACUUCAUCCACAAGAGAAUGACUGUUUUACUGGAGACACUUUCUUCUUGGUGAAUUUAAGAAGUGAUUUGCAGCAGCCGAGGCCCGAAGUAGCCCCAGUGGAGAUGUGCUGUCUUUCUUCUGAGAACCAUUUAAUGAAUCCAAAGGCAAAUACCAAAGUAGUUUGUAAGCGUUGCAAGGUAAUGUUGGGAGAGACUGUGUCAUCAGAAACCACUAAGUUUUAUAUGACAGAGAUAAUUAUUCAGCCAUCUGCAAGAAAAUUUCCCAUCAUACCAAGGUCUCAGUUUGUACAGAGCGUUAUUGCCCAGUGUCUGAUGGAACUCUCCUCUGCUAGAAGCACUUUUAGAUUCACUAUUCAAGGUCACGACGGCAAAGUGUACAUCCUGCUGUGGCUUUUAAACUCAGACAGUUUGGUGAUUGACUCUUUGGGAAGUUCGACAAAUAUUAAAAAAUUUGCUCUGUUGGAAGACGUAUUGAAGGCCAAUUCCAGUUCAGCCCGGAAUGCUGUCAAGGUCCUCUACCAGCCAUGCAUCAAAAGCAGGAACGAAAGGAAAUGCUGUGUUUGGUACUGCCUUGCAUGGUGGUGCUUUUCCCAAAUGUCUGAUGGUUUUCCUGGAAUUCCUACACAAGGGUGUUAGUUCCACUUGAGCUGCCACCUUGGCUGUGUUGCUCAUUACUCCAUCUAGACAAGUGCUAAUAGAAGUGCUCAAAACCUGCAAUUUGUGCCUACAUUUAAUGGAGCAUUUGUGAAGUGGAUCACACGUGGUUUUCUGCUUGUCCUUGCAUUUGAAAAUUACUGUUCCUCUCUUGGUGACUGGUAGUUCCUGUUACCAUAGUCUGCCUUUUUGGGUUUGUGAAUGAGACCUCAAAGGUUAUACUAGUCCUGAUGUGCCAGGUUUUUUGGACAACUUUUGAGUGUUAAGAAGGAAGUGGUUGUAGCUGUCCUUACGACGAUACACCCCGUGCUUAUCGUUAUGAAGGAUCUUUCGCUGCCUUCCUUCAGGAGUGUUAACAAGGAUUCAUUGCACUUGUCCCAGCAUUUCAUGUAUAUCUUAAUAAAUCCCUGUGACACUGGAAAUAUAAUGACUGUAGUCCAUUGUGUUCUGCUGUAUUCAUUAGUGGACUUUUUUUUUUUUUUUAACUCUAUAUGUCUAUAUGACUUCAGUUUCCCUGUCCCCUAGAACUACUUUUGUUGUGCUUUUCCUCCUGCUCCUUUUUGUCUCUGUGUCCUCCCAGGGUAGAAGGAAAUUUCACAGAUUGGGUAAAUAUCUUGCGAGUUACUUACUUUUGUCUUUUUGUUUUUUCCUCCUAUGGCCUGUGGAAGUUCCCAGGCCAGGCAUUGAAUUCAACUCGAGCCAAAGCAGUGGAAUGCUGGAUUCUUAACCUGCUGAGCUACCAGGGAACUCCUUACUUUUGCUUUUUAAGGACAUUAGUUUCUUUAUUUGAGGGCAUGACUGAGCAAACCAUAGACUCCCUGGCAUAUUUUUGGUACAUGGGGUGGUGUAAUAACUAUUUUAAUCUAAUUGGUUAGAAUUUUUUUCUAGUGGAAGUGUGGAUUGCCAGAUGGCAUUAAGAGAGGAAAAUAGCAAAUGUAACUGGUUUUAUUUCCUUGAGCACAUAUAAAAAAGUGGCGUGUAAUAUUUUUAGAAUGUUCUUUCUAGCAAUAGACACACACAUGUCUCUUAACAUUUUGAGGUCUAUUGUUGUUGGUUUUUUUAUCCCUCUCACCCCGCCCACCCCCAGUCAGAGUUAUCUUACAACUCACAUUCUUUAGUUGGCAUGUUGGAGUUUAGAUCCUAAACAUUAACUUUUUAGCUUUGGACUCUUUUAAGUUCACUUCUACAGUUUUUUUCUGCUAAUUCAUUUAUUCCCCUAUUGCCUCAUAUUCUCUAGACUAGGGGUGAUAUUGCCCCUCAAGGGAUACUUGGUAAAAGUCUGAGGAUAUUUUUGGUUGUUACAAUUUAGGGACCACUGGUAAAUCGUUGGUGGAGCGGGGGGGUGCCAUUAGAUACCCUGCAGUGCAUCACAGGGCCAUUCCUACAAAGACUUACCCAGCUCAAAAUGCCAGUAGUGCCAGAAUUGAGAUACCUUGUUCUAGAUUAUCUCCUGAAAUCAGGCUGUGCCUGCCUUUUCUCUCUGGUGUCAGAGCCCACACUUUUCUUUUGUCUUUUUUUUUUUUUUUCCUUUUUCCUUUUUAGGUCUGUACC